CACCAACUACCAGCGGUCCAGCGCCGAGCCAACAACAUCUCCAAGCCCGAAAUUUUGUAUUACCGGUCACCGGAGAGCCAUGGCCAUCGCAGCGGUCGCCGCCGCGGCCUGGCCGUCGUCGACGGUGGCAAUGGCGCGAAAGCUGCCUACAUGCGCUCUCAAGUCUUUCAUCUCCGCCUCCUAUUCUUCUUCCCCACCUCCUUCUCCUCCGUCCGCCGCGAGGAAGCUCGUCCUCUAUUCCAAGCCCGGUUGCUGUUUGUGCGAUGGCCUCAAAGAGAAGCUCCAGGCCGCCUUCCUGAUUUCCGGUCCAGACUCUCUCCGGGACGUCGAUUUGCAGGUUAGGGAUAUAACGAGCAACCCGGAGUGGGAGAGAGCUUACCAGUUCGAGAUACCUGUGCUGGCCAAAGUGCUCUCUGAUGGUUCUGAGGAAAUUUUGCCAAGAUUGUCUCCUCGCCUUGGAGUGGAGCUCAUCCAAAAGAAAAUAGCCACUGCACUGAAACAAUGAGAUUUGCACAAUCUGUUUCACAGGUCUUAUUCCUUUGCUGAUCCUCAAUGAUGCUUAAUUUCUGUGCUUUACUAUAAGCUACGCCCCUCGACAGAGCGGUACACAUUCUAACAUCGGUUGCCUAAAUAUUUAUUCAGUUCGUAAACCUUAUACUCCUUUCUGUGCUACACAUUAUGUUAGAUUUUGCAAUAUGUUCUUGCUGGGUCAAGAUUUCAGUCUGAAGAUGUUUUGUUUCCUUAAUUCAAUCCUGGUACUUUUUAGGUGUGUUGCCCCUUGCCAAUGCAGGACGGCAGUCAUACCUCUCGCAUAAACAAUAUGUAUGUUAAAUAGAAUUUUGGAAGACUAUUCUAUGAAUUACACUCUAUACUCUAUAGCAUAUAUGUGAAGGCUUCUGUCUCCGCAUCCUGUACUCCUAUCUUAGAUCACCCAAGGAAUAAGAACAGUAACACGUUGAAACAA